GAGUUGUACGAGAGGGUUUUACGUGAAACGAUUUCGAAAACCGGUAGAGAGAUAUAGAGAGGGUUUUACGUUCCAGCGACGCCUCCUUCUUCCUCCGUCUGUCGCUAUCUACGUGAAACGAUUCUCUGUGGACCAGAACGAGUUCUACCCACCAAUGUCCAGAAAGAGAGCCUCACUUCUCACCAUCAAAUCUCUCUUUGCUUUGCCCAAGGUAUGUAAUCCACACUUCUUUUUAAGUUCCCACAGAAUCGUUGCGUACGUGAGGCUCCUCAGCACUGCAGCUGAAAGAUCAUUUUUUCAAAACCCAAAUGGGUCUAAUGGAGAAAAUUGUGUGGAAUAUCCGCAAAAUAAUAGCGGGUUUCAUGGUAAUAAUGCAAUUAAUGUAGAGUAUCAGAGUCAAUCAGAUGGACAUGACCGAGAUUGGGUAUAUAGAGGAAAUAAUGGAGAGUAUCAGCAAAACCCAGAUGGGUUUUAUGGGGGAAAUUCAGUGGGUGAUGGCCAAAACCCCAGCGGGAUUUAUGGGCAAAACCCAGGAAAUGAAUUUCAGCAGAACUUAGUUGGACAAAGCGGGAAAUCUUAUAAUGCAGAUUAUAAAGUAAGCCAUGUAAGUGAGUUUCAGCGGAACCCAAUUAUGCAAAAUGGGAAUUUUUCCUCUGGGUAUGUCAGGGAAGGGAUUAGAAAUGAUUUUUGGAAUAACCCAGGUGGGCAAAAUGGGAACUUUAAUGGUUAUAAUGGGGAAAAUUCGGGUGAAAUGUGGCGAAACUCGAAUUUGUUUAACACAGAGAGGACAAGGACUUUGCAGCAAAGAUCAAAUGGAUUGUAUAGAGAAAACGUGAACUUACAGGAUCAGAAUGGGUUUAACAGAGUGGGAUCAGUAGAAGUGCCACAAAAUCCAAAUGGACAAAGUGCAUUAGAAUCUCAAGGAAGUGUAAACAGGAAUUUUGGGGGUAGUACCGACAGUUUUCAGAAUGUGCAGGGUAAUCAUUAUGGAGGCAAAACUGGAACUUAUCAUCAAAAUCCAAGUGGGUUUUAUGGAGAAAAUGCUGGGACUUCAAAAAAUGGGUUCACUGGGGAGAAGGUUGGAGGAUAUCAGCAGAACACAAUUGGGAUUUCUCAUGCUAAUGGUGGACACUAUGGGAUGGGUCCUCAAGUUUUUAAUAAUUCUAUACCUGACGGGGAGUCCGUUGAAGCUGGUGAAAGUAACCAAUUAAGAGGCACUAUCGAGGAGUUUGAUGAUUUUUGCAAAGAGGGCAAACUGAAAGAAGCCAUUGAAGUUUUGAGUUUGCUAGAGCAGCAGUGUAUCCCAGUUGAUAUGCCCCGAUAUCUGAUUUUGAUGAGGGCAUGCGGAGAGUCUAAAGCUUUAAAAGAGGCCAAAUCUGUUCAUGAGCAUCUUAUGAAAUCAGUGCCCUAUCCUGAAGUCAGCACUUACAACAAGAUUCUUGAGAUGUAUUGUAAAUGUGGUUCCAUGGAUGAUGCAGGCAUGGUAUUUCAUAAAAUGCCACAGCGCAAUCUCACUUCUUGGGAUACCAUGAUAAUGUGGCUUGCCAACAAUGGUCUUGGGGAAGAUGCUAUUGACUUGUUCACUCAGUUCAAAAAUUCAGGACUGAAGCCUGAUGGCGAAAUGUUUUUUGGUGUGUUCUCUGCAUGUACUGUCCUAGGUGACAUCACCGAGGGUUUAUUGCACUUUGAAUCAAUGACCAAAGAUUACAACAUUGUUCCAUCUAUGAAGCAUUACGGGAGUAUAGUAGACAUGCUAGGAAGUACAGGGUACCUAGAUGAAGCUUUGGAGUUCAUUGAAAAGAUGCCAAUGGAGCCAAGUGUAGAUGUUUGGGAAGCCUUGAUGAACCUCUGUAGAGUUCAUGGAAACAUGGAGCUUGGGGAUCGCUGUGCUGAAUUUGUUGAGCUGCUGGAUUGCUCUCGCUUGAAUGAGCAAUCAACGGCAGGCCUCAUACCAGUGAAAGCUUCAGACCUUGCAAAAGAAAAAGAGAGAAAGAAAUUGGCGGGUCAAAAUCUCUUGGAAGUUAGGAGUAGGGUUCACGAAUAUAGGGCAGGAGAUACUUCGCACCCUGAUAAUGACAAGAUAUAUGCGCUGCUAAGGGGAAUGAAGCAGCAGAUGAAAGAGGCUGGUUAUGUGCCAGAGACUAAGUUUGUGCUCCAUGACAUAGACCAAGAAGGUAAGGAGGAAGCUCUGCUUGCUCAUAGUGAGAGACUUGCUGUUGCUCAGGGUCUUUUGAGCAGUGCAGCUCGCUCGCCACUGCGUAUAAUCAAGAAUCUUCGUGUUUGUGGAGAUUGUCAUAGUGCAUUGAAGAUCAUUUCGAAGCUGGUUGGGAGGGAACUCAUCAUACGAGAUGCCAAGAGGUUUCACCAUUUCAAAGAUGGAUUGUGUUCUUGCCGGGAUUAUUGGUGAUGAAUGGUGACCAAUUUUGAGAGCUCUAUACUAUAUCUGGCUAUUAUUGUUUGCUGGAGGAAGAACCAUCAAGCUAGAUCACAGGGAAACUAUUGUUGGAGUACCACAGCAUGUAUAAUUUAUUUCAAGCAGCAGUUUUGUUAAGAAGAUUGGAUAGUUGGGAAUCUAUGAGGGGCUUCCGUGCAUGAACGGGUAGGUAACCAGUAUCGGAAUGGCCAUCAGUAAGCUCCUGAGUAUUCUUCGGAUGAACUGGAGAUGCUUGAUUGAUGAGUUGAGUUGUUUAUAUGAUUCAAACUGUAUAAUUUAUACAUUCAGUAUAAUGUAGGGAAUUGAAACUUCUGGCCUCAAUCCAAAC